AUGAGCGACUACAAAAUCCACUGGGGUCUGUGGCAUAACUACUCACUCGACUACUCCGAGCAGUUGACUCUGCCCGCCUUUGUCGGCUCCAUCCUAGUUGCCAGUACCUCCACAUUCAUCGCCAUCGCAGGCGGUCAACUCUGGAGUCUAAUCGCUUUCAUCGUGUAUUAUUGCCGUGCGAACCCAGGCGAGCCGCAUGAUGGCAUUCAUAUCUCCCAGCAGGCGCUGUACAAGAACAUCUCCUCCCCGCUCGGGCUCGUGUGGUCUCUUAUAAAGGGAAAUAUUGUCUAUGCGGGGCUGGAGAGCUGGAAGAAAUGGUGGAAACGACGAGCGAGCCCGUAUACGACCCGACGAAAGCGUCGGCUGUGCUUGUUUGGCGGCCUACCAACGUUUGUCUGGCUAAUCUACACCGCUGCUGGGCCCGCAUCGCCAUUCCUGACGACACACCCGGUGUACAAGGGGAAUGAGGUUCUAGCCAAGAGUCAAAACUGCGGUUUCGAGCAGUGGAAUCGGAGCACAUCCCAAGGAAACAUAGCUUUCCAAAAAAAUAGCCUGCGAAUUGCCUCGGAAGCUCUCAACUACGUGAACAGCUGCUACAAUUCCACGGAUGCCCUGUCUUGCUCCGUCUUACCCCGACAGAGCCUUAACUACGCAGUCUAUCAGAUAUCCGACUGUCCGUUUGGAGGUCGGUGCAAGGUGUCGCCGAUCACGAUGGAGACAGGAUGGAUGGACUCACAUGAGGAUUUUGGGAUGAAUGCGCCAGUGUCGGAUCGCGUACAGAUGCGCAAGCAGGCGACGUGUGCGGUUGUGGACGUUCGAGACUUGACGACUCUGGCGUCAAUUGGAAAUGACCUGUUUCGAUACGAGUACGACUUGGGUCCAGUCGAGGGCCUGUCUGAGAACUAUACGGCCUAUGCCAUAGAGAGACAAGCCCCAGACUAUGUCGGAUACAAUAUUCAGCCAUACUACGCCUUUCACCCUUGGACGCCUAUAGCGGACUUCAACUCGUCAGACGGCGACGUGAGCCUCUUCGUCAUCCAGUUCGGCAUCAUAAAAUACGAGUCCAAAGUAACAGAUCCCUUGUUCUCUGCGACCAAGCCCCUCAACGACACCUCUUUCUUCACGCCCGACAUGCCAGCCGGCCUCGUGGCCUGCAUAGACCGCUACCAGCUCCAGAACCCAUCCGGUAGCAUCCAGACCACGAUGGGGUCCAUGAAGCAAGUGACGGGCCAGUUCCAGAAGCUGAACUUCAAUAACGCCCAGAUGGCCGCUGCAGCGCGCUUCAUGUUGCCUAGCUCUUUGACAGAGAUGUACAAUGCUGUCAAUGGUCUCGGUGUUGCUGCGCUGCGCGCCCAGCGGAAUGUGUUUUCUAGUGUUUCUGUUGGCCUGCCCAGUGAUCAGUGGUUGGCAGAGGCUAGAGGCUGGUUCGAAACGACAUUGGCUAUGUAUCAGCUCAGGGUCGUCUCAUUUGCUUUCAAAGAUGACUCUCAGCUAGAUCCUUACAUGCGGCUAAACCUAGAUCUAUUGACUUCACAAAAGACCAACAUCACUUCAGACCUCGAGAGUAUGUGCAGCCAGCAGAAGCUGCGAAACAUCGCCAAGUGGCAGACCUUUUCCAUCGCCGGGCUUGCCAUCAUCGCGGGCAUCGGUGGCGGUAUCAUCAUCCUCAGCCUCGCGGUAGAGGUCAUCGUUGACUCUACGUGGAAGCUGUUCUCACUGGUGCGUAGGGCGACGUCAUCUAAGGCCAAGAACAAGAAGCCGACCUCGAACCUCCGAUUGGAGCAGUGGAGGCUUGACUCGGUAUCUCAAUUACAGCGUCGCGCAAUUCAGAAUGCUGGGCAGGGAUCGUGGGAGAGGGGCGGCGACGAUAUUCCUGUCCUGAGGGGGACGGUAAACCAGCUGGGAGAAGAGAGGCACGAAUUGGGUUAUGUCUCAGUUCAGGAUGAGACUGGAGAUGACAGAUCAUAG